UGAUUGAAGAACCGUGACGUUUAUGUUUAUUUUAAGUAGCAUUCCAUUUUAUUUGUUGUCUUUGUGUUUAGGUGAGUGAAAUAGUUCUGUGACCAGAAAAUAUACGAUUGUUUUUUUUACCUAUAACCUUAUAAAAAUGACUGCGACACCUACUCCUGAAACGCCUGAAAAUUUUGACCAAUUUGAUGAGGAGGAGUCAGAACAACAACUCGGGGCAACUGCAUCUGGUAGGAAACGCUUAUUCAGCAAGGAACUUCGUUGUAUGAUGUAUGGCUUUGGGGACGACCAGAAUCCGUAUACAGAAAGUGUUGAUUUCUUAGAAGACCUUGUUAUGGAAUUCAUCACUGAAACUACUCACAGAGCUAUGGAAGUAGGGAGAACUGGCAGGGUACAAGUAGAAGACAUAAUAUUUUUAGUUCGUAAAGAUCAGAGGAAAUAUGCCCGAGUGAAAGACUUACUUACUAUGAAUGAAGAACUUAAGAAGGCUCGAAAAGCUUUUGAUGAAGUUAAAUAUGUUGAAGAUCAACAAUAAACAAUUAGGCAGCCAAUCAAGUGACGCCAUGCUUCUAAGACUGAUAAUGAGUUUGAGAACAUUCGAUACGGACAUAAACUGAGUAAUGCGGUUCAGGAUUUUGGACAGCAAGAUGUGGGGUGGUCCUCUAUGAUAUUAUAUGAUUUUUAUAAAUAAAUAGUUUUUAAAUA